AUGAAUUACGAUAUAUGUGAUAGCUUUGAAAAUAAAAAGAAACCCUCAAGUUAUUUACUCGAGACGAAUGAAGUUAAAAAAUUAAUGAUUAAUGAAGGUGAGGAUAUGAACAAUUUUAUAAUAAAGAAUAAAAUAGAUUUGACAAAAGAAAAAAAUGAGAAUAUUAAGAAUAUGAAAAGAUUGAUUUUAAAACACCCAGAUAUAUUUGUAAAAACAUCGAUAGUUUCUAGGGAAUUAAAAAAGAACAUAGAAGAGAAUGAACAUAUUUUUGAUGAUAUAAAAAAGUGUUAUGAGUAUAUGAAAGGAAUAUUUGAGAGUGAUGAAUUUGUUGAGUAUGUAAAGGAAUUAAAAUAUGUAUGUGAUAAUAAAAAUGUGGAUAACAUCCACAUUGAUGAUAAUAAUAAUAAUAAUGUGGAUAACAUCCACCUUGAUGAUAAUAAUAAUAAUAAUGUGGAUGUUAUCCACAUUGAUCAUAAGAUAGAAUUUUUUUAUGAUAAUAUUAAUAAUUCUAGUGAUAGUAACGAUUUUUUGAAUAAUAUAAGAUUUAUAUUAUAUAUUCCUUUCAUGCUUUAUAAGAACAAUGAAAAGAAUAACUUUAAAGUGUGCAUGGAAUAUAUAAAAAUGAGUAUAUAUAUAAACAUGUUUUUAAAUAAAUAUUAUAAAUAUAUGAAUAACAAAAAUAUUGAUUUAUUGAAUUAUUUAAAGUCAUAUCAAAAAAGUGUGAUGAAACAUGUUGAAAAAAUUAAAGAAAACAUAUAUAAUGUAAUUAUGAAAUGUGAUUCUAUAGAAACUUUAAAAGAAUGUCUAUUAUAUAUAUGUGUUGUGUAUGAUUAUUAUAAGUUAUAUAAAGAAAAAGAUGAUGAUAUAGAUUCUAUAAAAAAUGUGGAAAUAAAUGUUGAUAAAAAAAAUGUAUUAAAUAAUAAUAUGUGUGAUUAUAAAAAUAUAUAUGUUAAUGAUAAAAAAUAUAAUAUUAAAACUACUGAAUAUAAUAAUGAAUAUAUAAAAAAUACAUUUCUUAUGAUCAAACAUUAUAAUAUUAUAAUAUCUGCUAAAGAAUAUAUAGAAAAACAUACGAACAAUAUGAAUGAUUAUAUUAAUCUUUAUGAUAUAAUAAACUUUUUUCAAACACAAAUAAGUAAAUUAAAAAAUAUCUAUGAAUUAAUAUUUAGUGAUAUGGAUAAUUAUUUAUAUAAACAUAUAAUAUAUAUAUAUUACUUUUGUUUUUGUCUUAUAAAUAUAAAAAUAAAAAAUAAUAAUUUUGUAACCCUUGAUGCAUUCCAUUCUAUGAAAAAAAAUGAUUUAUAUAUAUUAAACAAAAUGAAUCAACAUGUAUUAAAUAAUAAAAAAAGUAAUGAUCAUAUUAAUAAUUAUUAUAAUGAUCAUAUUAAUAAUUAUUAUAAUGAUCAUGAUCUCUUGCAUUCUGAAGAUUAUAUGCAGAACAUAAAAAAUAUCUCAUAUGGUUGUCAGUCGGGUGAGCAAAAUUUUUUUUUCAAUACUUCUGGUCUAGUGCAGACAAAAGAUGAAAAUGUAGAAGUCAAAGAAAAUAAAAAUGAAAAUAUAAACAAUAUAAAUAAUAUAAAUAAUAUAUAUAAUAUAUAUAAUAUAUAUAUGCCUAAUAACAAAAUUAAUGAACAAAAAUCUUGUAAUACAUUUCAUGCAGAUAUCCCCUUUAAUAAUAUUAAAUAUCCUUUUGUAAAUAUUAAUAGCUGUAUAUUUAAUUAUAUGCAUUAUCAUGUCAUUUUAAAAGAAAGUAAAGAAAUAAACGGAAUAGAUCUAAUAAGUGACACAUAUGAGUGUGAUGAAGAAGGUGCAAAUAAUAAUAAAAAAUAUAUUUAUAGUAAUAUUAAUAAAUCUUCCAAUCAUUAUAGUAAAGACGAACAUGCCAAUAAUGUAUCGAAAAAAAAAAAAAAAAAAAAAAGUAACACAUCAUACUUAGAUUAUCAUAUAAAUGAAAAAAGUAAUAUGUUUGGAACAUAUUCUUAUGAAAAUAAGGAUGUGCUAAAAAAUCAUAAUAACUUUAUUAAUAUAUUAUAUGAAGAAGAAAGAAAAAAGAAAAAGAAAAUAAAGAAAGCAAAUUAUAAUAAUGAAGAAAAUCAUUAUAGAUGUAAAUAUAAUGAAAUAAAAAAAAAAUGUUUGAAUGAAUAUAUAUCAAUUCAGAAUAUCAUAAGUAACUAUAAAAUUAAAGAAUCCAUAUUAAAUUUAUUUGAAUAUAGAAAAAAAGUUGAAAAAAAUAAAUCAUAUGAAUCAAAAAUAUAUGAACAAUUAGAUGUUUCAAUAAUAUUUCCAAACAUUUUAAAUAAAUUAUUUCUUGUAUAUAUUAAUAAUUUUUUACAAAAAAAUAAUUUUUUUUUUCUUCAAAAUGUAUUAUUAUUAUUUUCAGAUAUCCAAACAAAAAUUCAAAAUAAAAAAACUACAAUAAAUGAUACAAAACAGAUUAUUAAUAUUUUAUAUGAACAUAUAAAAGAUGAAAAAAAUAGAUUGAAUCAUAUAUAUCAUGAUGAUUUCUUUUCUUUUAUUAAUUUCAAUAAAUUAAAUCAAGAAAAACAAAAUAAUAUAAAAAUUAAUAUAGAUAUAUUUAAAGACAAUAUAUAUAUGGAAAAAAUAAGUACAUAUUAUAAAUAUCCAUUUUUAAUUACUUAUUUUUAUAAUCUUCUUUUUCUAUUAAAAAAUAUAAAAUGUUAUAUAGAUAAAUCUUUAUCUUAUAUAAUCAUAAAUUUAUUUGAAUAUUCAUAUAAACAUUUAAUACAUACAAUUAUUCUAAUAUUUAUAAGAAAUCAAAAUAUCUUCUUUACAUCAUCGGUAUUACAAUAUAUAUUACAAUUUUUUUUUUUAUUAAUAUUUCCUUUUUCUUUUUAUUUUCUCUCGUGUAUAUUUAAAUCCGACUUUACCUCUACAACGGAAAAAAUCUUUAAGGUACUAUCUAGCUAUGGGACGUCCAUAUGA